AAAUUCCACCACAGCUUUCAUCUGAAUCUUCUAAAGUCCAACUUACUAAUCUGUAUCUGUGUUUAUAAAGUUUAAACCUUUCAACACUAGUCUGCACCCACACAAACUCACUGAUUAGAGAGAGAUGGAAGGAAAAAGCCUCCUCCGCUUCUUUUUUCUUAUAUUCGGCGUCACCCUUCUCCUCCUCUUCACCCUGCUCAACUUCCCCUACGCACCGUCCGACACGGCGGAGCUACUUGACUGCACCACCUACUCCCCAUGGUGCACCUCCAAGAACCGCAUCCAAUCCAAAAACCCACAACUCAUCAACAACCCCCCUAACCCCACGCGCCGCCGCCACUCCACCGCUGUCCCCCACCACCCACUAGACCCCCUCACCAUACAAGAAAUCAACAAAGUCCGUACCAUCCUCCAAUCCCACGCGCUCUUCAACUCCACCACCUCCCACGCGCUCCACUCCCUCGUCCUCCAAGAGCCAGACAAACAAGUAGUCCUCACGUGGCAAAAGGGCGACCCUCUUCCACCCAGAAAAGCCUCUGUCGUCGCACGUGUCAACGGUGCUUCACACGAGCUCACCGUGAACAUCAACACGCGUGAAGUCACCGUUCACCAUACCCGUUCAAGCUCCGGGUACCCGAUGAUGACCAUGGAGGACAUGAAUUCCGUGAUAUGGGCCCCUUUAGCGACCUCCGAGUUCAACCGCACAAUCAUCGAGCGAGGGAUUGAUUUGUCGGACCUUGCGUGCUUACCCAUUUCCAGCGGAUGGUUCGGCAAGACAAAGGAACAGAGGAGGUUAAUCAAGGUACAGUGCUACACCAUGAAGGACACUGUGAACUUCUACAUGAGACCCAUCGAAGGGCUCACAGUUCUGGUUGACAUGGACACAAAACAAGUGGUGGAGAUAUCUGAUCAAGGGAAGAACAUCCCUAUACCCGAGGCCGCCAAUACUGACUAUCGCUUCUCCGCACAAAAUACCCACCAAUACCGGAUCCUACUGAACCCGAUAUCCAUUGAGCAACCCAAAGGUCCGAGCUUUACGGUAGAGGACGAGCACCUGAUCAAAUGGGCAAACUGGGAGUUUCAUUUGAAAGCCGACCCAAGAGCCGGUGUGGUUAUAUCCCGGGCCACGGUGCAGGAUCCGGAAACCGGGAAGCUGAGGAAUGUGAUGUACAAAGGGUUUACUUCGGAGCUUUUUGUGCCGUACAUGGACCCGACUGAUGCUUGGUAUUUCAAGACAUACAUGGAUGCUGGUGAAUACGGGUUCGGACUCCAGGCUAUGCCACUUGACCCGCUUAAUGAUUGUCCCCGGAACGCGUACUAUAUGGAUGGUGUAUUUGUAGCGGCUGAUGGAACACCAUACGUCCGAUCCAACAUGAUUUGUGUGUUCGAGAGGUAUGCGGGUGAUAUCGGGUGGAGGCAUUCGGAGAGUCCAAUUACGGGCAUAGAGAUUCGAGAGGUGAGACCAAAGGUGACGUUAGUGGUGAGAAUGGCAGCAUCAGUUGCAAAUUAUGAUUAUAUUGUGGAUUGGGAGUUCCAAACAGAUGGGCUAAUCAAAGUUAAGGUUGGACUUAGUGGUAUCCUGAUGGUGAAAGGCACACCCUAUGUGAACAUGAACCAGGUGAACCAACAAGAGGACCUCUAUGGCACCCUCUUGUCGGAAAAUGUGAUCGGCGUCAUCCACGAUCACUACGUCACAUUCUAUCUAGACAUGGAUGUCGAUGGCUCUGAUAACUCCUUUGUGAAGGUGAAUCUCCAGACGCAACAGACAUCCCCCGGAGAGUCACCUAGGAGGAGUUACUUGAAAGCUGUUAGGAAUGUGGCCAAGACAGAGAAGGAUGCACAAAUUAAGCUCAAACUCUACGACCCAUCCGAGUUCCAUGUGAUCAACCCGUCUAAAAAGACAAGGGUUGGGAACCCGGUUGGUUACAAGGUGGUUCCUGGUGGCACAGCUGCUAGCCUGCUUGAUCUUGAUGACCCACCCCAAAAGCGUGGCGCGUUCACUAACAACCAAAUAUGGGUCACCCCAUAUAACCAGAGCGAGCAAUGGGCCGGUGGCUUAUUCGUGUACCAGAGCCACGGUGAUGACACUCUUGCAGUGUGGUCCGAGAGGGACAGGGCAAUUGAGAAUGAGGACAUUGUGCUGUGGUACACACUAGGCUUCCAUCACAUACCAUGUCAGGAGGAUUUCCCCAUUAUGCCAACCGUCUCAUCGAGCUUCGAUUUAAAACCUGUGAAUUUCUUCGAGAGCAAUCCCAUUCUCCGGAGCCCACCUAACGCGGAGAAGGACCUACCAAUUUGCAAGGCUGCUGCUUCGGCUUGAUGUAACAACUCCAGGUUUUCGCUGUAUGAUAUGCAUGCAUGAAUGAACACAACAGAAUUGGUGAAUUGGGGCCAUUGUAUCUAAUCUCAGUUUCAUAAAUAAUGGGCGAUUAUCAUCUAAAAGAACAAAAUAAUUGGAAUCUUUGAUGAAGAGGCUGAGUUGUGUAGGCUGGAGACAUGAUGACAAUGUGGUGUGAUAGAAUGUCAUGAAACUGUUGAUUAUGUUAAAGUUAAAGAGGAUGUAAUGUACAUUUUAGUUAAUCCUAUGUAUUUCUUGUAAAGAGUACUCUGUUGAUUUUAUUGUGCAUUAGUUACU